AUGAACAAUGAUGAUGACCCCCCAAAGCCUCAUUUUAGAAUAUGGCAGCAAAACCUCCACAAGUCAGUAAAUGCCUGGGAACAUAUGCUAUCAAACCUCAACCCAGACACCUAUGACCUAGCAUGCAUCCAAGAACCCUACCUCAAUCCAGUCAACCUCACCAAUGCCUCCAAUCUACAAAGACACUGGGACAUUAUCUACCCAACAAGACACCACAACAGCACUGAAUGA